AGUGGUUUUCGCCUUUUCUUCUUUUGUAAAAGAUGGCGCUUGUGGAGCCCCUGAUUGGGCAUUUGCUGUCCAAGUACAAAGAAACCGUUCUUGAGGGCCUGUCGAAGAUUCGCCAUGCGGUGCAGGCGAACGACGAGCAAGGCGCCGCCCUCGCUACCGCCAUCACCCAGCAGGAAGAGGCGAUGCAGGCCAUACGAGCCACGUUGUUGAAGCCAGACUUUUUUGCGGCUACCGUGCAAACAUUAACGGCCGUCCUGACCCACCUCACCGAGCGUGGUGGCCGCGUCGCGCUUGUCCGCGAGGUGCUGCGCGGCGACUGCGUUGCCCUCUUCCGCAGAACGCUGGCGACCCUCACAGACACCUCACUCUCCCACGUCAUCGCCGCGCUGCAGUUUCUGACUGCAGCGGUGAAGGAUGCACCGCUGCUCGUGCUGGCACGCCUCCGCGGUCCCGCUGACUCGCACACCGACAGCGGCAUCGCGACAUCCGCCGGGCCGCGCCGCGCAGACGUGCCGCUGCAUUUAUCUGCCUUCCGUCUCCAGCUCACCUACGGUCAGCGACGUGUCCGUCUCGUGCGGCUUGGCUUUCUCGUGCAGCUCAUCACAUCGCCGAUGAACAACGCCGUGGCCGAGACGAUCUGCAGCCACGGCGUGCUGACCCACCUUCUCGAGGACGCCGCGGAGCUGCUGCGCGAGGGCACGAGUGCCGGAGUGGCGUGCUCCAUGGAGGCCCUGCGCGUCGUGCGGGAGCACUUUGUGCAGAGUCGUGACAUCACGUCCGAGCAGAAGCGGCGCGUGCUGCUGGCGCAGCGCAACAUCUUCCGUCUGCUGGUCCGCGCUCUCGAGUUCGACCCCGUGGCGGACCACGCCGCGGGCAUUCUGUACGCCGUCAUAGACGAGACGAUCGAGUCCCCCGCCGACUACGCCAGCACGCGUGUCGAGUCGCUGGAGGAUCACGGCAUGCCCAACUACCUCCUCUUCUUUCUCCUCCGCCAGCUUCGGCCCAAGGCAAAUGAGCGGAUGGCGGGGCUAGUUCUACACGUCCUGCAGCGGGCACCGGAUCUGAUACGACCCUACUUCAUUCGUGUGUCGGGGCACCUGGCAGAGGAGGGCAGCACGCACGGCGUGGCGCCAACGACGGCGCGCGUGGCCGUCAUUAACCUAAUGACCCGUGCUUUUCUCUCUCCCAUACCCCAUCACUUGACGGCUGGUCAGGCGCAGCUCGAGCCUGCGGCAGCCAAAACCUCCACCUUCUACACCAUGUGUCCCCGCGACGUCGCGGAUGAGGUGUGCCCUGCGUGGGUGGCCGAGUACGUGCACCGCCUCAUCAACGGCUCCACCAAUCUACUCCUGCUAGCCCUCGCCAUGCAGAUGACGCAGGCGGCGCUGAUGCGUGCCAAGCGGGUGUUGCCGCUGGUGCAGGCUGCCCAGCGCGCCGCCGAGAUGCGAAAGAAGGCAGCAGGGGGUGUGGGCUGCGAGUUCAGCAGCAGCAAUGGUAAUGAAGAAGACGGUGCAAAGGAAGUUCAGUCCGCCGAGUCGAUCACCUUCUCCGACGCUGACCUCGCCGCGCUGCACGGCAACGACGAUGCUGCAGCGGAGGUGUGGGACACGUACAACGCGCAGGUGCGCCAUCACCUCCUCGCCGCCCUGCCAAGCCGGGAAGAGUUUUGGCAUCGCAUGACGCAGCAACUACACCACAUCCUCACCUCCACCAUGAGCACCCCGAACGAUGCUGUCCUCACGAAGGUGCACGUGGUGACGCAACGCAUGCUGCUGCUCAUGAAGAACUACGUAGACGUGUUUGAUGUGCGUGCUCCAUGGCUCAGCGCUGUCCCCAACUUCCUCCCUAACCUGAGCCAGAUGUUGACCGCAGGGCCCACGUCCACCACGGCAGGAACACAUAGCAGACAAGAAAAGCAUACAGACAAGGGUAUGUUGUCCUCUCAGCACCCCAUCACGACCGCGCUGCAGCAGCACAAUGACAUCCUGCGCCUGUGGCCCGCCGCCAGUGUGUCUAUGUUGUGCGAGCUGCUCGUCGCCAGCCACCAACGCCGCGUGCCGAUGGUGAAGCUACACCACGUAAACAUGUCACAGGCGCAGGGCAUCAGCGAGUGGCCGCUGUUGCUGAGCGUUCUGCUGUGGGUGACGCACCACCACUCCAAGCCGCAGCUCGCGGCACCGGAAGAGCGGGCGGCGGGGUGGGCGGCGCAGCUGCUCCUGUGGACGGUGCACAGCGUCACAAUCCACUCGACCUGCACCUUGGCCGAAGCACACCUGUGGCUGUCAGCUCUGACGCCAAACACGGUUCCUGUUCUUUUGCACGUGCUGAACCAUCUCCUUAUGCGCAGUCUUUCGAAGGCGGCGGAUCGCGUGACGCACGAGUUGCGCGAGGCCAACUUUGGCGUCUUGAUGGCAGCCGCACAGCACUUCAUUGAGCGCACAAAGGAGAAGGAGUCGCAGAAGGGUGCGGCAGCGACGACAGACGACGCGUCAGGGACGACGACGACAGUGACAGGGUCGCGUGGUGGGCGCGGCGUACAAGCGAAGGAAAGGGACAGGAAGACCGGCAACGCGGAUGGGACGGGGGGCAAUUUGUGGGGGACCCACCUGCACGCCGCUCUCGCCGAGUUCGAGGUCGUCGUUCAGCACGUCCAGCAGCAGUGGCCUCAGCGGGACACCGUAUUACACGAAGCAUCAGCCCGCCUUCAGCAAGACACGAGUGCCUAUCGCGUGACGCAGCAGCAGUGCAUCGACGUCUUAGUGCUGGCGGACCGGCAGCGCGGCUUUGUGAAGACGACCAAUCACGCCGUCCCCUCUGCCGUGCAGCAACUACGCACCUUUGUCGUGACCCUCCACAGUCCAGUCCUGCCGCUGCCCGAGGAAGAGACGGCGAUGACGUUGUUGACGCAGCUGCACGCAGUGCGGGGUACACCCAGCGCAGAGGCGGACGGAGCGGCGGACGACGUGCAGCGCAUCUGCACAGCGCUUGGUGUUACGGGAACUGUACACGCAAAGGAUGCGAAGCCGUCGCGAGAGGGGCCGCGCUGGUAUGCGAUGAGUUCGGUGUGCUGGCACGUCGCUGGCCGUCUGCUGGCCCUGCUUCGCCAUCAGGAAAGGAAGCACACAGAGGACAACGCAUCCGAAACGACGCGCGCGGCGGCCCUUGGACUGGUGCGCGCUGUUUUGGUCCAGCGCGCCGAGGUGGAAGCUGUUCUCGGUGCCUCUAACAACGCGCACGACGGGUCAACAACGGGCUUGCUGGUGCUGCUGCUCGUCUGCGUCCGAGUUCUGUUAAGCCCUACAGUGGCGCACAACGAAGAAGUGGAAAUGCUUUCGCAGUCUGAAGGAGAUGCGCUGGGGGCACUCUGCCUGUCCAAUUACAUGGGUGGGCUAAGUGUGCAUGAUCGCCUGUGCUAUGCCGUGUGUCUGUCCUUGCAUUACCUCCUCCACGCCCCAACACACGCAGGGGAAGCUGCGGUGGCAAAAGCCGUGAAACUGGACGACGAAGAGAAGGCCACGGUGCACGGCAGCAGCCCGCACCAUCGUGGUCGUCGCCCCGACAAGACACAGCACGACAAGCAUUGCAGCUUCAUCAGUGAAGGUGGUGAUGACGUGCGGCAGCGAUUUGUUUGCCACGGUGCGACGGUGCCGCAGGCGUUGGUGCAGCGUCGUUUUCUCUUAGCCGGUCACACUCCCAGUGCCUUCCGUACCGCAGAGGUGGAGAUGCUGUCGUGGCACCUCGACACCUUGACAGAGGAGGACAUGACGCGUAUGGCGCUCUGCGUCUCGUCGCGGCUGCACAACGGCCUCCUUCACCGUCGCUCAAACAACAGUAGCAACGCCAGCUCGAACAGCGAAGAGAGUUCGUGCAGCGUCGUUGAUGCAGCGGAAGACGUGCUGUGUGGCGUCUAUCCCGAGCUGUACGGUAUGCACGAUGUGGACGUCACAAAUCUAGAUCGACUGACCUCCAGCGACGUGCUGGACAUGCGAUACAUCGUCCCACUUCUGCAUCGCGUGGCCGCGCUCCCGCCGGCCUGCCUCGGACACCUUCCGACUGGUCGUGUGAUUCCGUUAUUGCUGAAGGGCCUGACCUCGAUCGACGCACAGCUGCGCGCAGCCGCGGCCACGACGCUGGCUACCUUGUACAUCCCGAAGGGCACCCUUCGCAUUGUGGUGAGUGUGGCUCGCUUAAAGCUCUGUCAACUCGCGGCUUCCGCGACAGCAGCACAUCCUCUUCCUCCUACUCCUCUGCCAAAGCAGUCCGGCGCAGCGAUGGAAGACACCGUCGUACCCCGCCUCCCCACCCCCCUCGCCGUCUUUCUCAUGACGGCGAUUCGCCCGCUUGGCCGCUACGAGGACGCCCUGCACCACCACCUCAUUCAUCACCUCCUCCACAUCGACACGGCGCUCACGGUAGCUAUCCCGUUUGUGCAGUGGACCAACACACCGCCCCUCACCGCUAUUAGCGUGCCGCUGAUGUUGGAGAAGCAGGCGGCGCUGCAGCAGCGCGCGUAUAGACUCGGUAGCAGUGGUGGCAGCAACAUCACCCAGGCAUCCGCCGCAGACGUGGCGCAGGAGCUGCGGAAAGGCAUACCACCUCAGCUUGAAUUUAUGCUGCGGCUGCUCCGACACGCUUGUGAGGUGCCGCAGGAUGGUGCAGCUCUGCUAGAGUCCGACAGCGUGAACGGACUUAUGCUCCUGUGCGACCUCCUCACCGCCUCGGACACCCAACGUGCGACGUACAUGUGCUGCCUGUUGGACCUGUGCACACGCUCUGCCGCCCUGACGCGUCUCUUCGCCAGGCAGGGCAAUGCGCUGAUGUGGACCGUCAGCUUCCUGUGGGCGCUUUGCAAGGAAUACGGUGUGGACGCCCCGUACCCCUAUAGUGGACUCACGUUCACCAACACAUUGAGACUGCUGCGAGUGCUGUGCAUUGGCACACUGCACACCACAGCGCUCUCCGACACCGCGUGCAUCAGCGCGCCGUCGGUCGAGCAGCUGGCAGAGAGUCUGCGGCUGCUUCGGGCGUGGGUGGUGGAGGCGCACGUGACGGCGCGUGACGUCCUCGACGCCUUCGACGAGGUGAUCGCGUGGUGCGAGCGCGCGCUACGCUCUCGGGAUGUUGCGACGGCAGCGGACGACUGUGGCAAGAUCGGGGAGAGCACGACGGGGUCCUCGUCGUCUCACGUUGCUCCUGUGCAGUCCGCCACGAAGCCCGGAAAGCGCAACCGUGAGACGACUUCUACCGCGGCACUGGCGGGGAGGCCGGCCACAUCGCUGAAGCGCGUGAAGGCGGAGGGUGUGGUGUAG